UGAAGAAGAGAAGUCAGACGCGGAGCUCCUGAUUGGACUAAAAUAUAUUCCUUGCCAUAAUCCCAUUGGCCGGUGUCGUGGCAUUCGUCUCCUUCCUCCGGAGCAGUCCGGCGUUCCCGUUUCAGCCAGCGGUGUGUCGCGGAGGCUUCAGCGGGAGGGAAAAAAAAUUGCCCCCUUAUAACCCUCUUACACUAAACCGGGAGUAGAAAGGAGGUUAGGGGGUCGCCCUGACGAGGUUCAGGUUUGCGGAUCUGCCCGCCUGUUUUCUCUCUUCUUGGGUUCUUUUUUUUUUUUCUCUCCCGAUGUCGGAUUUCAAGCUGGGAAUCGUCCGGUUGGGCCGUGUGGCCGGGAAGACAAAAUACACGCUGAUAGAUGAACAGGACAUACCGCUGGUGGAGAACUAUGCCUUUGAGGCACGCAUGGAGGUUGAUGCAGAUGGGAAUGGAGCAAAGAUCUUUGCCUACGCAUUCGAUAUUAGCAAAGGGCGCUGGACUGGCCGGCCGCUGCACGAGCUACUCUGGGAGAAGCAUGUGGGCGGCAUCGCUCCGAACUUCCAGGUGGUACACAUCAACUCUGUAACUGUGGAUAACCGACUGGAUAACCUGUGCCUGGUGCCAGCGGGCGGAAGCCCAAAACCCGAGGAACUGUCCAGCAAGCAAAGAGAGCAGUCCCUGUACUGGCUGGCGAUCCAACAAGUGCCAGCUGACCCAGUAGAAGAGCAGUACCUGGAGCUGAGUCGCACGCGCUACUACAAUGCCAACGGGGAGCUGGUGGAGGAGGAAGAGUGUUCCUGCACCUACUACGAGUGUCACUACCCUCCUUGCUCUCUCAUUGAGAAGAGACUUCGGGAGUUCAACAUCUGCGGCCGCUGCCAGGUGGCACGCUACUGUGGCUCCCAGUGCCAGCAGAGAGACUGGCCAGCCCACAAGAAGCAGUGCCGUGAGCGGAAGAGAGUCCUGGCACUGGAGUCAGAGCCAGAGCGAUGAUCUUUAGACCCACAACCUGGUUGGGGUGGGAUGGGGGUGGGCAGGGCAGAGGAGGGGAUGGGGUUGAGACUUUGGGAGUUUGAGAUGGGGAGGGGAAUCUGAGAUAUGGAAGACAUUGGAAGCAAGUUGAGUGAGGAGUUAAUACCACACUUCCCAGAACUGACAUUUCUCCAAGGCUGGCUUGGCACAUUGCUGGAGAUGAUGGGAAAUGUAGGGUUUUUUUUUCUUUUUUUUUUUUUUUUUUAAAAAAAUUCAGGGAGAGAUGUAGCUUUCCCUGCUGCUAUUGGUUUGUGUGGUUGGGAGAAAAGAGGGCAUAAAAAGACACUGCAAAGGAGUUUAUUAUCCUGGACUGCAUUUGACAAAAUGACCUUUGUCACCAUCCCCUCUACCCUGCUCCCCCCUUCACCCACUUAACUACAAAAUGUUCUGGAAUUGUGUGGCACUCCCCAGGUGGGUGGCACUAUGAAAUAUGGACCUCUACACUGUACUGCGCCCCGGUGGACCACUGGAGCACAUGCUCACACAUUCACUUCCCUGUUAUGCUCUGAAACUAAAGCACAACAGAUAGAGCAUUUGAGCAUUAUUUAAUUGAAGCAUUAUCGGUACUGUUUACACUGAUACUGCCGGCUGAAGGAUGCGGAUCAAGCGGUCGAUGUCGAUGGGGAAUUGUGGGAGUGUGUGCGUGGAUGAGAAGGCCUGAUCAAGCAGCUAAGAAAUUGUGUGUGUGACGUCUUGCGUGUUCGUCCUCUCGUGUCGCAAUGCAAACGCACCACCUCCGAUCCACCACAUGGUCCUGUGUACACUGCUUACACACAAAUGCCUACGUUGCAUAUACGAGGGCUGUCCCGCAGAAACCUGCCUAAGCUAAUUCUGAGUAUUAAUGUGGCUUGUCCAUUAUCAUAGAAUCCUUUCAAAAGGUGUGGUAACAUUUUGUUAUACCAUCUCCGGACGUGUAGUUAAUUUAAAAAAAACAAAAAAAAAAAAAGAGGAAAAAAAAUUUUUUAGUUAUUUCUAGGGAGUCCUUUUUAAAUUCAUGCAAGCAGUGUGUUUAUCUUCAUCCUUGUGUAUCCCCCUCAGAAGCAAAACAAGCAUGCACAGACAUGCAUGCAAGAAGCAGGCAUACAUACAACUGCAACAUGGUGAUUAUUUUUUUUGUUUUCUUUUUUUACUUUUUAAUUUAUCUGGACGGGUUCAAACACUGUGCACUGAAUUGUUUCAACUCCCUCAUCCUGAUCUUAGUCACCUAGUGGGAGAGAGGAUUUGAGGGACUGGAAGAUUUGUGGAUUAAAGAAUUCUCGCGAAAAGUUUAAACAUGAAUGGACAAGUGGUUGACCUGACCAUCUAUUCACUGUAAAAAUGCAAAGGUUAAAAUUAUGUUAAA